AUGGAUUCAAAAUCUCCCCCAGCCACCCCUACAGCAUCUACUUUGGACGUUAAACCGCACCAUAGGGUUCGUAAGCCCAAACAUAAGCCUGGCAAUAAAAAUCCAAACACCAAACCUGCCGGUGGCAAAGCCAACUUAGAGGAGAGCAACAACAGUUCGGAGGUACCCAGCCUGGAAGUUCCUACCGAUGACAACCCGGAAGGAGAGGAUGCCAAAUCGGCUGAUGACGGGCCAACCAAUAUGAUCUGUUUCGUUGACCCGGAUGAACAGCCUGGGUUGCUAGUCACUUCCGGACUCAACGCGGCGAUUGGGGAGUGUAGAGCCAAGGUUGAGCAGAUUUCGAAGGAUUGUAGAUCCAGGAACCGUAAAUUCAGGGACAUCGAGUUCGACCUUGAGAAUGAUGCCCGCCGGUGCCGUUAUGGCGUCGCAACGAGUGGCAACGAAGGCUCACACGCGGAUGUUCUUCGCGUCACCCAGAUAUUCGAGAAUCCGCACUUUUUCUCGGCAGAGGGUGUGGCGAGCUCGAACGACAUUGCGCAGGGUGCACUGAGGGACUGUUGGUUCCUCUCGGCGCUGGCUAUGGCGAGUACGACGCCGGGAUUGAUUGAGAAGGUUUGCGUUGCUCGGGAUGAACAAGUGGGAGUGUAUGGGUUCGUAUUUUUUAAGAAUGAUCGAUGGAUCGACGUCGUCAUUGACGAUCAGCUAUUUACACAAAUCCCCAAAUUCGAAGAACUCAGCCACCAUGCAAAACUACUAUACCACUACGACAAGUCGAAAUACAACCGUAUGGCGCGCAAGGGGGGUAAGACUCUGCAUUUCGCCAGAUCCGGGAUGACGGGGGAGACGUGGGUGGCGUUGAUUGAAAAGGCCUAUGCGAAGUUGCAUGGGAAUUAUAAACAUUUGGAUAGCGGUUUUGAGGGGGAGGCGCUGGAGGAACUUACGGGUGGAGUAGCGACAUACCUUCUUAUCAAGGACAUCCUUGACCCCGACCGGUUCUGGGUAGACGAACUUUCUCGCGCAAACAAAGAUCGGCUGUUUGGCUGUUCAGUUGGGGCGAUUGAUAACUCGCAGAACGGACGGAAUGAUGACGUUGCUGUCCAAGGGCUCAUUACUAACCACGCGUAUUCGGUCUUACGCGCAGUUGAAUGCAAAGGCAAACGCUUCGUGGUCAUUCGGAACCCAUGGGGUAAAAUUGAGUGGACGGGACCAUGGUCUGAUGGCUCGAAGGAAUGGACAAAGGAGUGGUUGGAGGUUUUGCCGGAGCUUGGACAUAGUUUUGGGGAUGAUGGGCAGUUUGUUAUGGAGUAUAAGGAUUUCUUGGAGACCUGGGCAGACAUAGACAGAACCAUUCUGUUUGACUCUACGUGGGUUAUGACUUCUUACUGGCUCAAUGUCCCAAUCGCACCAGCUGGUCGCGCCUGGACGUACGGGGACGUUACUUUCCCCCUCUGGCUCCCAGAACCAUCCGCGACCGUCAUAGUCCUGUCUCAGCUCAACCCGCGAUCUUUCCAGGGCCUCACACCAAGCACCAAAUGGAGCCUUGACUUUGCCCUCGUCAGACUGGGAGAAGAUAAACCCAUUGCGCAUUCCAACCACGCUCGGUUCUAUGCUAACAGCGUUAAUUUGGAAAUCAACUUAGAGAAGGGGAACUAUGUGGUCUAUGUUCGCAUUGCCCGCCAGGAAGACAUGAGUAUCUCAGAUGCAUGUGCAGGUCCGUUAUUUGAGGUUGGUUGCACACAUCCCAACUGUAGUUGCGCUGAUUCCCCCUUGAAGAGCCACUCUCUAUCUAGGAUUUUGUCGGACAAAGUGAACAGCCUAUCUAUUGCCAGGAAUUUGAAUCCGUCGGACUUUGCCGCUUUCGUCCCAACAGACUUGGACUCCCUAAUCCAACGCGAUUUGCAGGAAUACUAUGCCUAUCUCGAGAGCCAAUCCAAGGCCCAAGCACGAAGCAACUCUGAUAUAAAGAAAAAGAUCGCCAAGGUGUUGAAUCGCAACAAGAAGCAGCCACAGCCAGAGCCGGAGGGCGUGCAUAGGGAGAACCCAUCGCAAGCAGAUGAAUGGGACGAUGAUGAUUUUGACUAUGAGCUGAUGACGCUGAUGACGGACCAGCCUGAGGAUGAGGUGGUCGUGGGGUUGAAGGUUUAUACGCAUAAGGGGUGUCCUGCGGUUGUGUUUGGGAGGUUGAGAUCUGAUUUCUAUGAUUCCUGA